AUGCCUAACCCAAUCAAGAACGUUCUGGAGGUCGACAACACCACUUUUACCUACAUCUUUGAGAAGAACGUCUCCAUUCAGCUCAAGAGCAACAACCGAGGUAUCGUGCGUGCCAAUGUAUACCGUCCAAAAACCUCAAACAAGGUGCCCGUCAUUGUCACAUACGGACCCUAUGGCAAGGAUAUCCCAUAUUCGGACUUUCUGAAGCAUUCAUUUGAGGAGAUCAAUCCAAAACACCAAUCUGUUCAUUCUGCCUUUGAGACGCCAGACCCCAGGUUUUGGACCAAUGAAGGAUACGCUGUCCUCCGUGCCGACGAGAUCGGCUGCGGCCAGUCACCUGGUAUACUGGACACGAUGUCCAAGAACACUACGGAUGCCUUCUGUGAGGUCAUUGAGUGGGCAGCCGAGCAGCCGUGGUCUAAUGGCAAGGUUGGUCUCUUGGGAAUCAGCUACUUCGGAGGGAGCCAGUGGCGCGUGGCUGCACGCCGACCCAAUGGUCUAGCAUGCAUGAUCCCAUACGAAGGCAUGUCGGAUUACUACAGAGACCGUUCGAGACAUGGUGGAAUCGCUGCGAUGCGCUUCCUGAAAUUCUGGUUCAACCGCCAAUGCAAGAGCAACCAGUAUGGGCUGCCGGGCAAGGCUGCCCGCAACUGGGGACCGGAUACCAUUGAGGGCGACUUGAGUGAGGAGGAACUAGAGCUCAACCGUCGGGACCAGGCUAUUGACAAUGGCAAUCACUUUUUCCGCGACGAAGACUACUAUGCCAGCAAGGAAUAUAAUUUGGAGGACAUUGAAGUCCCGCUUCUCUCGGUGGGCAACUGGGGAAAUAUUGUGGUCCACCUCCGCGGAAACAUCUUAGGCUACAUGUUUGCAGGCUCCAAGUACAAAUUCCUCCGCUUGGGCAUGGGCCGACACGACCUGCCGUUCUAUGAAGAAGACCACGUCGAGAUGCAAAAGAGCUUUCUCAGCGCCUUUCUGAAAGGCAAUGACUACAACGGCUGGACCACGGGCAAGCGACCGAUUUUGCAGUACUUUUCGCGACGAGGAAACCCUGGUGUUAACAACCCAGAAGCUGAAAGGAGCACGUUCCUUCGAAAGAAGGGUUCAGAGUGGCCGUUGCCCAACACUCAGUAUACCAAGUACUACCUCAGUGCGAGCAAUACAUUGUCGCUGGACCCGCCAAAUGUUACCGACACGCCAAUCAAGCGCCUUUCGUACGAGGCGCCGAGCACUCCUGAGGACCCCAAGCUCAUCCAAUUCUGUACUGCACCGUUCGACUCAGAGUUAGAAAUCACGGGGCACAUAGUUGCGCACUUGAAUGUAUCGGCAACCUCGUCCCUCGAAUACGCUACUGCGCCGAAGGACAUUGAUCUCUUCUUGACCCUGCGCCAUUUCGGCGCCGACGGCAAAGAGAUUUUCUACACUGGCACAAUCGGCAACGAGUCCCCCGUUGUCAAGGGCUGGCAGCGUGUUAGUCUGCGCAAGGUCAACAAAGACCACCCUCGGCACCGCGAGUGGCUACCUCACCGUGACUAUUUCUCGACCGACGUCAAGCCAGUAAUUCCGGGAGAGGUCUAUCCCAUUGACGUCGAAAUUUGGCCCACUAACGUCGUUCUGAGCUCUGGAUCUAGACUUGUGCUAGAGAUCAGCAGCGGCGAUACGCAAGGUGUUGGGAUAUUUGCCCACGACGGAGAAGAAAGAUCGGUCGAAAGAUUUGGCGGCUUGAACCAUAUUCAUUUUGCUCCCCACUACCAGAACUGGGUCUCGCUUCCCAUUAUCCCCCAAAGCGAGUGA